AUGGAGACGCUUUACCACCAGACAAAUAAGCAAAUCCAGGAGGUGCAGUCGCUUAUGGGCAACCUGGAGAGAACGGAUCGCCAGUCAGUUCAUUUAUUAGAGAAUGAACUCCAGGCUCGAAUCGAGCAGAUCUUCAACCAAUUGGAGCGACUGGAGAUCCUGGCCAGCAAGGAGCCGCCCAACCGCCGCCAGAAUGCCAAACUGCGUGUGGACCAGCUCAAGUACGACGUCCAACACCUGCGCACCGCCCUGCAGAACUUCCAGCACAGACGCUACAACCAAGAGGCCCAGGAACGAGAGCGUGAGGAGCUCAUGAGCCGGACCUUCACCACCAACGAUGCAGACACGUCCAUCCCCAUUGACGAGACGCUGCAGCUCAAUUCUAACCUGCACAAUGCACACCGAGGCAUGGACGACCUGCUGGGCAGCGGUAGCAGCAUCCUCAAUGGGCUCAGAGAUCAAAGAUCCUCUCUCAAGGGGACCCACAAGAAGAUGCUGGAUGUGGCCAACAUGCUGGGUCUCUCCAACACGGUGAUGAGGCUCAUCGAGAGGCGUGCCACCCAGGACAAGUUUAUCAUGAUCGGAGGGAUGCUCCUCACGUGUGUCUUUAUGUUCCUGGUAAUACGAUACCUGGGCUGA